GGGUUGGUUCACGUGGUGGGUGCGUGUAUUUAGCGUAUUUAGGGAUUUUAUAGCGCCGCGGUGUCCACCCUUCCCGCCAGGAUAAAUCAAUACAUUAGAAGCUAAUACAUUCCAAGCAUGGCGAUGUUAGCAGAACAACGCCGCAAGAAGUCUUGGGUUUUGAAUCCAAGAGGAAGUCAAUGGGCUGAAGAUGACAGCAAAUUUGGCCAGAAGAUGUUGGAACAGAUGGGAUGGAGCAAAGGCAAGGGUCUCGGCAAGGAGAUGAAGGGCAUAACAGAACAUAUCCGGCCCUCUGUACAGAACGAUUCUCGAGGCUUGGGAUUUGAAGGAAAGAGUGAUGAGUGGGUGGCCCAUCUGGACGACUUCAACGACCUGCUGGCCAGCCUGCAGCAGGAUCAGAAGAGCCAGGACAGGGAUGACAGCAAAGUUCAGACAAAGUCCUUGGAAGAGAGAUCAAGGAAGUCCAAAGCUCGUGUGCACUAUCACAAGUUCACGCGCGGCAAGGACCUGAGCCGGUAUUCGAGCCAGGAUCUGGCGUGCAUCCUGGGCGGCCGGUCGGGGGAGGCGGCCUCGCAGCCGGUGACGCCGGUCAGCUCGCGGCCGCCAUCGCCACCGCCGCACGCCGGCAGCGAGCCGGUAUCGGACGCCGAGCCUGACGCCCCCGUCACCGAGGUGGACUCGUCCUCCGGCUACACCACUAUCGUCACCGGCAAGUCGGUCAAGGAUUACUUCGCCGAGAAAAUGAGAAAAAUGAAAAUAAUGAGGCUCAAGCGGCAACGGGAAUAUGGCGACGAAAUGCAAUCAGAAAACAAGGAAGACGGUGCAGUGUUGGAGAAUGCAAUAGCGGAUUGUGUCGAUGAAGAGUUGAACGAGGGAGAAAGCCUGGAAAGAAAGUUAAAGAAGAAAAAGAAACGGCAUACAUCAGCUGAUGUGAACACUUCAUCUGGUGAUGGAAACGGUGAAGAGGCGCCCGCCGAGAAGCGAAAAAAGAAGAAAAGAAAAAAUGAGGAUGCUCAGGUAGGUGAGCACGGAGAGCAAGUGGUAGCAGAGAGCGUUUGUAUCGAAACACGAUUCGAAACUGAUGGAGAUAAAUCAUCGAAGAGACGAAAGAUCAGUAAUGCGGUCACGUCAGAGGACGCCGUGCCCACAGCCUCUGCUGGUGAAGCCUCUGAAAGAAAGAAAAGGCGAAAGAAAAAUAAAACGAAGAAAGGUGAAGAAUAGCAACUUUUAAAUUGUGCUUUAUUACAGGAGCAACCGGUAAAUACGUGAAUUACCAAGUGCUCUUGUCAACAGUGCGUAGAAGGGCGUCGGUUAUUUAGGGUUGGUAUAUGAAAUAAAUACCGAAAGAAGCACGAAAAAUCGGCAUCAA